AUGGAGCAAGCGGAGCGAGAGCAGUCUCAGCCUCAGGCUGAAGAGCCCGUCACCUCUAUCGAGGGUGACAGUGCCAUCAGCGAAGACCAAUGGAAAGCCAUGAUGGAUGUCACUAUGGCAAUCUAUGAUUUUCGUGAACAAGACGGUCACGACCCGUCCCGACUUUUCCACCGAAGUGUCAACAAACGUCUCGUCCCGGAUUACUACGACAUUAUAAAGGACCCCAUGGCGCUCAGUAUUCUCAAGCAAAGAAUCAACAAGCAUGAAUAUAAGCAGUUCGCAGAAUUCGUCCGCGAUUGCGCCCUGAUCCCACAUAACGCGCAAACCUACAAUAGACCUAAAUCGCAAGCCUACACGGAUGCGCUUGUCAUAAAGGUGGGAAUACCAUUGACUAUAAUCUGUGGAAGCUUGGACCGAUAUGAACUUGUGACUGACUUUGAUCUUGGCGCGCAGGAUGUAUUCCGCGAUCAGCUCAAGAAGCUUGUCGAAACUGGCGUAAUUAGUGCCGAAGAAGCCGAGUUCCCAGACUUGGGUGAAAUUCCAGAAGCAGAUCCAUUGCCUGAUGAUGAAGAUGAAGAUGAAGAUGAGGAAGAAGACGACGAGGAUGAUUCUGAUGAUGAAGGGCGUCGUAGAAAGAAGCCAGGCCCCAAGCCUGGUCCAAAGCGCGGUUUCCAAAAUAAAGAACCGGAUCUUCGCAAAAGGCGGGGACGCCCCCCGCGCGUUGAUACUCCAAUGGAGACUAGGAUCAAAGCCAUCUUAAAGGGUAUUCGGAAGUUCAAAGGCCCGGGUGGCCAUUUGAAGAUCAUCCACUUCGAACGUCUUCCGGAUAAAGCCGCCUAUCCGGAUUACUACAUGGAGACGAAGGAACCCAUUGCCAUCGACCUCAUUAAACGCAAAGCCAAGCGCAAGAAGUACAAUUCCGUUGACCAUUUCAUGCGCGACCUCGAUCUCAUGUACGACAACGCCAAAGCUUACAAUCAAUCUGAAAGUCAAAUCUACCGAGACGCUACUGAUCUACAAAUUGAGUCUCGAAAGCUGGCUGAACAGGAGAAAAAGAAGCCAGACAGCGAGUAUCUCAUGGAAGAUGGACGAUUCCCCUUGCCGAAUGGAAUUUUGCACCGAGGCGAGCUUUGGAAAGUCGGAGAUUGGGUACACAUUCAGAACCCUAAUGAUGUGACCAAACCGAUCGUAGCGCAGAUAUAUCGGACAUGGCAGGAUUCCGAGAACGAACAGUGGAUUAACGCAUGCUGGUAUUACCGUCCAGAGCAGACAAUUCAUCAUUUUGAAAAACAUUUCUACCCCAACGAAGUUGUGAAAACUGGCCAGUACCGAGACCACCGCAUCGAUGAAAUUGUCGACCGUUGCUUCGUGAUGUUCUUCACUCGUUACAGUCGAGGGCGUCCACGGGACUUGGCUCCUGAUAAGGAGAUUUAUGUUUGUGAAGCUCGCUACAACGAGGAGAAGCACAAGCUUAAUAAGAUCAAGACUUGGGCCAGCUGUUUGCCCGAUGAGGUGCGCGAGAAGGACUAUGAAAUGGAUCUCUUCGAUGUACCUCGAAAAAUCAAGAAGAUUCCCAGUCCCAUCAAGCAUCUUUUGAAAGAUGAAUCCAAGGAAACGGACGAUCUUCCUCGACCAACAUGGGGAGCAGACAAUGCGCCACCGGUGGUUGGUGCUGUGCAUCGUCGCCCCCGCGAUGAGAACGAAUCUCCACCGCCUGAACCAACUCCAUCUCCACCCCCUCCUACCCUGCCACCUUCCGCUAUGGCUUCAGCUACACCUCGUCAGCCUAUGAGCCAACCCAUUCCCACAGGAAAUAUGGGAAUACCCAGUAAUCCUGUGGCAACUCCGCUCCAAGUCCCCAUGCCGGCGCCUCCUGUGGUUCAAACAUCUCCAGUGCCAGUUACUCAACCAACAUUCCAGCCCCCCAUGAAUCCUCAUAUGUACCAGGGUUCUAACCAGCGCCGUACGAGUAGCUUCGUGCCACAGACGCCAACUACUGCUUACCAAGCGUCGCCGGUACCACAGCAUCCAUACGCGACAGCACAGCCAACACCUUAUGCGGCGCCAUAUCCUAACAGCCGUCUUCAUGCCGCGGCGCCCGCCUACAACCCGAAUGCCCCACGCGCAGUGGAAGUCUUCAGCCUCGGCGAGGCAGCCAACGCCGCCAUCCCAGCAGAUAUUCGACAACAAUUCCAUUGUGACGAGAGAGGCCAUGUGUUGUUCUUUUCCGUUCCACCUCUGGAUAUCAUUUUACCUGCUCAACCAAAACUGGCUCACUCUCUCAAGUAUCUCGCCCGCAAAGAGGAGCGACAGAAGCAUCUUGCCGAGAGAAAGCGCAAGCGAGAAGAGGAAGAAAUGCAACGGGCAGACGAGCAGAAGCGUCGGCGCGCUGACGAAGACACUGAUCUUGCUGCUCGAGUAGAGGCUUUGAUCCCUCGGGCUGUCGGAUGCAUGAUGAAGCAAGUCGUCGCUGGUACAAAGGAACUGUACAAGAUGCUCUAUGAUGAGCAGGCUGACGGCGCCCGUGCCGCAGACUUGCAAGUUCGCGAGAACAGGAUCUUCGCGGACCGUGUGGCUGAUCAGCAUAGAGGCGCGAUCCAGACACAGUCCACGAAUGAAGGUCUUGUAAAUCUCAAGGGCAAUGCUGUGUAUCUGGGAGAUCUCUAG